CAAAUAUGGGGCAUGUGUACAUUAACUAUACUUGUUAUCCACUCACUUUUGUGGUAUAGAUUGGUGUGAACGCACCUCUACAAGUCACUUUGCUUGAUCCUUCACUCACUCACCGACUUGAAGGAUGCGACAGGAAGAGCCUCAAAACGUCCAUUCAAGCCCAGACAACGUGGCAGCAGUAAGCAAAAUAAGAUCAGAUUGAGGGAAAAUACUGUUUACUCUUCUUUUCACAUACCUGCCGCAGGAACAGGAAGUGACGUCAUGUAGUGAUUAUGUGACUGUCUGAGUGAUUCUGAAGGGCUCUUCUUCCUCGACUUCGAGGACGUUUAUUCCAGCUGUAAAUCUGCCCAGCCUCCACGAAUCUUCAUCUUCUGACAGAAAACUCUUCUCUGCAGGAACAAGCGCUACACUGUAUUGAUUAAACAUUUCCACCCGACUUAGCUGAAAUCAGAGACCGACUCCUUCUGAAAUGGACGUCCACAUCAAGUCCAGACUGAUGCGGAUCACUGUGAAUCCAUUUUUUAGAACAACAGUUCAGCAGAAAAACAACUUGUAUUACCUCAAAAUCUUUUUUUUUCACACAGCCGUUGACUUUUGAUGGCGCUCUUAUUAGCAACGUCUCAUAUUCCUGUGAGUCGAGAGACGGGCCUCAUCCACACACACAGACAGAGUUGAUCGCAUCUGCACAAGUUUGGCAUCAGAUUGGCCUUGAACCCACACUAAUCCAUUUCAUUCACUGGAUGCUUUCUGGAACCACGUCCCAGUGUGGAUACAUUUGUAAACGCUGGCCCCAUGUCUCUCUCUGCAGAGCUGAAUCUCAACACAAACCUGAGAACUGCUGAGAAGAAAAGAAAUAAAUACAUGAAUAACAUGGCUGCUUUUGACUUGUAGUUAAAUGUGACAGCUGUACCGUUUCAUCUUCAGGUUCAUAAAGUAUAGUUGCAUAGGGUUCAGCAUUCUUCAGUCAUCCUUCAUUUUCACCCAGGUACCUGAAAUGGCUCCUUUUUGGCAAAGAGAAACCAGUGUGGUUGCGGCUUCAGUCGUCAUCACUGUGUCUGUCAUGUUCCUGGUCAGCAUGGUCCACCACUUUAUCUAUCUCUCAGAAAGAAAAGUACGAAUUGGGAAGUUGAAAUUUGAACAUUGCUGAAAAUGCAAACAAACAAAAAGCAGUGGGAAACACUGUUGAGCAGAUUCUGAAAAGAAACCACCAGUGAAAUUGUAGACCACUAAGACUUAAACAAUAAAGUGCAAUAACAAAGGAAACACCUGUGAAUGCACCAAGCACCAAACCCUCGUGUCUGUGGAGGGGUGUGAACCCCUGGUGGAUCUGACGUCGAUGAGGCAGCACUCGGAUAAUCUCCGAUCUCUCGCCUUGUUAGCUUCCAAUGACUUCCCUUCUGCUAGUUAAUGAUGGCGAUUAAGGAGUCGCUGACCAUGUCACUUCCUGCCUGGACUCGCCAGUUGGCUCCUUCAGUGCCUCUUCAGAUUCACAGCUCGUCAGUCUUCCAAACUGAGCUGCAGAUUCAACUCAAAAGAGCAUCGGUGAUGAUGAAGGAGGUGUUAUACAAGCGACCCUGAGGAUCGUGGCCCACCAGCUGCAGGUGAGCAGCGCGGCCCUGACAGCGCCUCUCCAGCCUUGAAUCAGGUUCCCUACGUGGCUCCUCUCUGAGGACUGAACUGUUGUGGAGGAUUUAUUGAGCGUGCUGCUCGGCUCGUUUGCCUCGCUUCACGUCCGCCUCUUUGAGGAGGUUCUGGAGUCAGGCUGCUGCCUGUUGCUCAGAGGAACGAUCUGGCUGCUUGGUCCAGCUCUGUUGGAUCACAUGAUCACCGUCUCACCAUGGUGCUCUGCUGUCUCCUCCUGCUUCAGUUAACUCAGUUUUCUGUCUGUUAUCCUCAUGAAAUCAGUCGAGUCACUAAACUCAACGGAAGUUUCUGAACCUGACACACGUAAAUGAGUCCCUGUGAGUCAAGCUGCCUGACAGGAAGUGGCUCUGAUUCGGUCUGAGGAGCUGAACUUCCUCAGCAUUGUGACGUCACUUUUUGCUUCAAAUAGAUGUCACCCUCUGUUCGCAGCUGUGAUGCAUCAUAAGGGUGUGUUUCUGAUGAGUCCCGCCUCUCUGCCCUUUGCUUUUGAGCACUUGUUGCUCACCCAAACAACCAAUGAAGAGCCAGGGCUGUGGUUUUGCUUAAGAAAUAGAAGGAACUUUUCUAAGAAAGGAAAAUAGACAGAAAGGUGAGAGAACAAAUUCAAAACUAUAAAACUUGUAAGCAGGUUGAAAAUACAUGGGUAAAGAAGUGAGCCAUGCAACUGUACCACUGAAGAUUGUGUGGUAUUAAAAAGUGAACAGACAUGUAUUGAGCCCCAAAACACAAAAUGAAGGCUGAGAAAACAAGGGAGACCAUAGGGCUGCACACGUACAACGUUUGAUCAGAUGACAAAUGAUUCCUUCAACUUUUUCUUUGUCCAUACUUGGUUUGUAUCAUAUUUAAUCUGUGUGUGUGUGUGUGUGUGUGUGUGUGUGUGUGUGUGUGUGUGUGUGUGUGUGUGUGUGUGUGUGUGAUCUCAUUCACCUGCAGGUUCAGAGGAUUUAUGACUACUGUUGUAGCUCUGACACACAAUCUGUCACUGAAGCAAACAAGGAGAAUGAGAAGAGUUCUUGUCGGAGUCGCAGAGGAGCAAAUAUUGUGAAUUAAUAAAAACCACAGCAGAGACAGGAGCGACGGGAGGUGCUUGGGUGUGUUGUAUGCCUGUGUGGUGUGGUCUCCUAUCAGAGUUGCCUAGAGAAGACGCCCUUCGUCUGGUGGCCCACUAACAUUAAGGUUUUGUCCUGAGCUGGUGCCAAGUGGAGCCUUGCUAAACCAUAAAACCCCUGGGGCACUUGUGGAACCAUAAUUUGUCUGUGUUUUGAAGAUGUGGAGCGAUGUUUGUUUUCAGGUGUGUUUGGAAAGUCAGUGUUUUUGGCGACAGCUGAAGGCUCAGGAAGGCUCAUGGUUGUCAGUUAGAUGGAGCAGUUGUGCGUGAGUGAAAGACCUGAAGAGGAGGAGGACGUUCUUUCAGUCCAAAUGAAUAAAUGCAUAAAUGAAAUACAACCACGACAAAGUCAAUUAAAUAAAUAAAAUAAAUAUCACAAGGCGUAAAGACUCAAACGCUGGUCUAAGAAAAAUAAAUGAAAAAAUAAAAAUAAUACAUAAACAUAUAGUACUUCAAAAUGAGAGAUAAAGAAAGGCCCAUCGAGGGAAAUAAAUCAACAAAAAUGUUGAAGUGAAAAGAUGGAGAAAGUUUCACCGACAAUGAAGUUGAUUUUGGAAAUUGAAUUUCAACAGACAAAACUGUGCCAAAAAAAACCUCCCAAAAAUGGUUGACUAUUGACUAUUAUGACAAUUAUGACUACUAAAACUAUUUUAAAAUUGAUCCAAAAAAAAAGAGAAAGAAAGAAAGAAAAUUGAAUUAGAAAAUUGAAGAAUUUGUGGAAGAGAUUCCUGAUAAGAACUGUAUUUACUGUAACAACAUCAUUUAGAGAGAAAAAGAUGGUGAAAAACAAGUCCACGUCUUUGGCUGAAGAACAAAAAGUGAGUCGCACAACCUCAGUUCAGUUUUGAACAGCUUCCUGCACUGACUGAUGUUGUUCAGUGAUUGUGACCGACGACUCCUUCAGACUCUGGAACUAGUUCAGACAUUCAAACAUCCGCUCGGUUCUGUUCCUGUCUGGACCUCACCCUUCCCACUGUCGUCCAGCGGAGUUCAAACCUCAGACUGGUGAAACUCAGAGGUCGACGAGUCACCUAAAUGAGUGCUCCACCUGAGAAAUAAACCUCUCCACAUGCUCCUGCUUCAGAUGACCUGCUGCCUGUCUCUGUGCAGACUUCCUCUUUCAUCCCGCGCUCUUUUAUCCAGUCGGUCCCUUCACUCCUCCUCAGCCAUCGUUUCACUUCAGGUCUCCUUUCAUCACGCUUCUCUCAGUUCCCCCGCCAAUUUAUUUCUCCUUCUCUCUGCACCUUCCUCGGCCAAUCCAGGCCAGCCGUGGCUCUGAUCUCCAGCCGAAGCCCACCCUGACACCCCCACACUGCCGUUACCAUGACACCAGCAGCGAGAAAGGUUACAAGUUUGAGUCCACAACUUGGAGUGAGUGAGGUUGAAAGCUAAGGAGAUUAGCGCCAACACAGAGAAGGAGAGAUUCCAAACAGAGAGAGAGAGAGAGAGAGAGCGCGGAGACGAGCAGAUUAAUUUUGACCGUAGACGACGGAAAGUGGAUUUGCUGACGACAAUGAAGAGAGAGGCAGUUUGUUGUGGGGCUCUGUGACGCUUCGCAGCUGGCUAAGUGGCUUCACAACAACACACCUGAGCUGCUGACGCUGCCUUCAACUUCACAAAGGUCCACUCCAUAACUCCGUCAAACAAUCUCCUGUGAGGUGUCUUACGCCAGACCCGCCGUGCCUUACCGAUGCAUUCACAUGGUCGGCGAUCCUUGGAUCGGUUUCACAAGUGCAAGGAGAGUCUGUGAAGUCAUGGAGUACUGUAUUUGUUGGUGCCAAUUAGGAGUGUUUUCUCAUCAUCUCCUCCCUCAUUAAAUACUUCAUGAACCUCAAGUGAAGCGAGACACAUCGGGGGGGAAGACCUGAUAAAGAGGGCGGCGAGUGGAGACAGAACAACAUGUGGACUGAGAGAAAGAAUGCUGAGAUGGAGAGAGGAGCGGCUUAAUUUCACUUCCCACACAGGAAGAGAGAGGGAGAGAGACAACAAGACAGAGGUGAACGAUCCGGAGAGAGAGAGAGAGAAUAAGAGAGCUGGAGAUGGAGUGUGAAAUCUCCUCUCCCUCUUCCUGAAAGGAUUCUCUUGCUCUUUCUUGCGUUCGUCUUUCAGCCAUGUGACAGGCCGACGCACUCGGCGCUCGUUCACUCGCUCGCUGACUGAGGAGGAAGAGGAGGAUGAGGAGGGAGGAAAGUCAAGAGUAAGAUAAGCAGAAGAAGGAUAGAGGAUGUUCUCUGUUUCGCUCAAGUGCCGCCUGGGGGUCAUCAGACGCAGGAACAAGGGUAAGGAUGACGGGCCGUACGGGAAGACGAAGGACAUCAGCGGGCCAGAACACACUCUGUCCUCCAGGAGACACAGCAUACCAGAAGCUCUGCGAGGGGUGACCAUGGUGGAGCUGGUGAAGAAGGAGGGCAGCACUCUGGGACUCACCAUCUCCGGAGGAACCGACAAGGAUGGAAAACCUCGGGUGUCGAACCUGCGACCCGGAGGACUCGCUGCCAGAAGCGACCAGCUGAACGUGGGCGACUACAUCAAGUCGGUGAACGGCAUCAAUCUGACCAAACUGCGGCACGAGGAGAUCAUCAGUUUGCUAAAGAAUGUCGGCGAGCGAGUCCUGCUGGAGGUGGAGUACGAGCUGCCCCCUACUGCACCAGACAGCACCUCCGGGGUGAUUUCCAAGACAAUCGACAUCUGUUUGCACAAGGAGGGGAGCAGCUUCGGCUUCGUCAUGAGAGGUGGGACCCACGAAGACUGGCACAAAUCCCGCCCCCUGGUGGUGACUUAUGUACGACCAGGAGGUCCAGCAGACAGAGAGGGAACUCUGCGCCCUGGCGAUCGUCUCCUCAGUGUGGACGGGGUCCCCCUGCAUAAUGCCAACCACAGUGAUGCCCUCAGCGUUCUGGCCCAGAGCGGACAGGAGGCGCUGUUCCAGAUCGAGUACGAUGUCGCCAUCAUGGACUCGCUGGCCAACACCUCCGGCCCUCUGCUGGUGGAGAUCGCAAAAUCGCCCGGCGCUACGCUAGGAAUCACGCUGACGUCAGCGACGCAUCGGAACAAGCAGGUGAUCGUGAUUGACCGGAUCAAAGCAGGAAGUGUGGUGGACAGGUGCGGAGCGCUGCACGCCGGCGACCACCUGCUGACCAUCGACGGGACGUCGACGGAACACUGCACGGUUCUGGAGGCCACUCAGUUGCUGGCCAGCACGACUGAACUGGUCAAACUGGAAAUCCUGCCGUCACACCAGACCAGGCUGACUGGGAAGCAGCACGACACUGUGAAGGUCCAGAAGUCCGACCACCCCCACGCAUGGGAUCCUUGCGUCAACUUCUGCCCGCCCCCCAACUCCACGCUCCUGAAUACCAGCGCCACCCUCAACAAGUCCUGGGCGGCGUCCAACAACAACACCAUCAACAGCCUCGACUAUUGCAAAUCUCUGGUAUCUACGAGCUUCUCUCCGGGCUCCACCACCACGUCCGGUCCGAGCAGCCAGAGCUCCAACACUUUGCCCCGGCAGGCGGUCCCCAUGAGUCCCCGAAACUCUCUGCUCAAGCGGAGGCCGCGGAAGAAAGAGCACAAGAGUUCUCGUACGUGUGAAGUGUCGCUGGCGUCCAGCUCAGUGGGUCCUGGAGGCCAGGUGGUCCACGUGGAGACCAGCGAGGUGGUCCUGAACGGCGACCCGCUCAACGGCUUCGGGGUUCAACUGCAGGGAGGGAUUUUUGCCACCGAGACUCUUUCAGCUCCUCCAUUGAUCCGAUUCAUCGAACCGGACAGUUCUGCAGAAAGAUGUGGCCUCCUGCAAGUCGGCGACCGGCUGCUGUCCAUCAAUGGGAUCCCCACCGAGGACGGGACGCUGGAGGAGGCCAACCAGCUCCUGAGAGACGCCGCGCUGACCAACAAGGUGGCGCUGGAGAUCGAGUUUGACGUGGCAGAGUCGGUGGUUCCCAGCAGCGGAACCUUCCAUGUCAAACUGCCCAAGAAGAGAGGCGUGGAGCUGGGCCUCACCAUCAGUGCCAGCAAGAAACCUGGAGAGCCGCUCAUCAUCUCUGACAUCAAGAAAGGCAGCAUGGCCCACAGAACGGGGACGUUAGAACCCGGAGACAAACUCCUGGCCAUCGACAACAUCCGGCUGGAGAACUGCUCCAGAGACGACGCCGAGCAGAUCCUGCAGCAGAGCGAGGAGCUGGUGAAGCUCAAGAUCCGCAAAGACGAGGACAACUCUGAUGAGCAGGAGACGUCAGGCAGCAUCAUCUACACGGUGGAGCUGAAGCGGUACGGAGGCCCGCUGGGCAUCACCAUCUCAGGCACAGAGGAGCCGUUCGACCCCAUCACCAUCUCUGGACUGACUAAGAGAGGCCUCGCAGAGAGGACGGGGGCGAUCCACGUGGGCGACCGGAUCCUGGCCAUCAACAGCGUGAGUCUGAAGGGGAAGCCUCUGAGCGAAGCCAUCCACCUGCUGCAGAUGGCUGGAGAGACGGUGACGCUGAAGAUCAAGAAGCAGCUGGACAAUCUGGAGGAGAGAAAAGCAGCUGAAGCAGAAGACGCGACAGAGAACGAGGUCAGUGACCCGGAGGAGGAUGAGCUGACCGACAGCCAGCAGACCAACAAGCUGUCUGAGCUUUACUCCACCACUAUCCCGAGCGUGGACUCGGCCAUGGAGUCCUGGGACGGGUCAGGUCUGGACGCCGGAUAUGGAAGCCAAGGGAACUACAACCACCAGGCAGCUGGGAUGGCUCUGCACCCUCACGAGUGGCGGAGCGCCAAGCAGCAGCUCAACACCACGCCACCUAUGGGCCGCAGGAAAAACUACCCCUUCAGUGACGGAGGCUUCAGCGAGGACGAGUGGGACAAACCUCCAGGGUUCCUGGGACAGCAGCCCGAUGGGAUUCUGCUUGACCCGGAUGACAGUUUCUGGUGUCAGGCCCUGGAGGACCUGGAGACCUGCGGUCAGUCCGAGCUGCUGCGAGAGAUCGAGGCGUCCAUCAUGACCGGUUCUGCCAUCAGUCUGGGAGUGGAGGGAGGCAACAAGCCGCCGGCCAACACCAUACUGACCCACAACAGGCUGAGUCCACUACGGAGGAACUCGCUCCUGCACCAGGCCGGCCUGCUCCACCAGGGGGCGCACCUGCACGAGGACCUGCCCCUGCUGGAUGACCAUGAUGGUCACCUGGACGGACACUUCCAGGACGGGCUUCUGCACCAGAACCUCCAGCUGCACCAGGACAACCUGUCGGCGCUGCUGCACCAUGAGAACAAGCCCAAAGCGUCACUGCGGGUGUCAGAGAGGACGUGGGAGUCUCGCCGGAUCAAGGAGGAGAUGCAGGGAAUUCUGUCGCCGACGCCAUUGGAGCUGCACAAGGUGACGGUGAUCAAGGACCCAGAGAGCGACGACUUUGGCUUCAGCGUGUCAGACGGCUUCUUAGAAAAGGGUGUCUACGUCAAUAUGAUCCGGCCGGAUGGACCCGCGGACCGCUCGGGACUCCGACCCUACGACAGAAUCCUGCAGGUGAACCACGUGAGGACGAGAGACUUCGACUGCUGUCUGGCCGUCCCACUCAUCACCGAGGCUGGAGACCGGCUGGAGCUGGUCAUCAGUCGGAACCCGAUGGCUCUGGAGGAUGAGGAGGACAACAACAACGCUCUGGACCAUCCACUGGACCUCUAACCCACAAGGACCUUGUGACACAUUCAGAUUCUGCCGGUCCAAGCACACACCGUUGCAAUAAUCCCACACACACACACACACUUGCAUGCUCACUCAGCAGCAGUCUCUCUCUCCCAGUUUUGUGUUGACAAGAGGAGCUUCAGCUGACCUCCAGAGCGAGCGGCUCUCCUUUUCAUGGUCCACACAACACAACUGACCACACCUGCACAAUAACCCGAAGGUCCACUUCAGCAGCAGAACUGAUGUUUUAAUGUCAGAGCCCAUAUUGAGGAACAUUUCUUCCUGAAUCUCAAAUGAGGGUCAGUGCUGCCCAACAGAGACUUCAGUGCUCCGAGUUGUGGCGUGUCCUCAACCUGUUCUUCUGGUGUUCCUCCGAGUGGAAACGAAUCUUCUGCUUGGGGAAGAACAAAUAUUUAGAACCUGUUGAGCGCCGUGCUAAAAUGUUGCUCCGCACAACUGUCGGCUGUCGCUGACUCACACAAACAUUUGUUGUGUGUCCUGUUUGUUUGAGCAACAUCACGACAUCCUCAUUUCAUGAACACAUCCUCCAAACUAGCCACACUAAAUCCAGCUGUUUCUGGGUUUACUGAGAGCACAAGAGUAGGAGUGUGAGUACAAGAGAGUGUGGCAGGUAUCUUGUGUAACAAAUACUUGAGGUGUGAUAGGGAAGGUGACGGGUGAUUGAGUUUUGUUCUCAGGUCAGGAAGGUGUUGUUCUUGAUCGUUUUAUCCUUGAAAGAUGUUGUGUCUUCAGGCUCAAGCAGACACACUUUAAAGGUAUCAUGGAAAUGCUACAAGGUCAGCUCAUCUGACUCCACCCAAUGUCCACUCCUGUGACUGAGAGAGUCGGAGGAGCGACUGAUCUCAACUCCAGUCUGAAUUUCCUGCGACUUACAGAAAUGGGAAAACGUUUUAGCACAAAAGCUCAAGGUAGCAGACAAACACCGUGCAGAGGUAGUUUUUGGUGUCUGUGUUCACACGCCCAGCCAUUUAUACAUCCUUCUCUGCUGUGCUGUAUUUACAGUCAAACGUCACACAGGCAUCACACACUUGUGAAGGGGACGACCUCCUCUCAUGACUUCCUUCUUUCUUUCAUGUGUGCAACAACAGAAAAAAAACACGCACAAAAGGGUCGGCUCAGAGUGAAAAAACUUUUGUCUUGAUGCUUGAGUUUGACUCUACAAUCGUCAUGGUGGAUCUUUGCGAGUGAUGUGUGCAGCACCGUAACAGUCAGCAGAAGUAUUUAGAACAUGUAUGUGUGUGUGUGUGUGUGUGUCAGCGACAGCCAACCCAUCUGGUCCACUCGCGUUCUCUGACAGUCGAAAAACAACGAGCACACUGUUGAACCGUCCACUGUAAGUACCAACAUGACUUUUAUACUGGUGAACUUUUAUAGAGCAACAAAAGACGAAGAAGCCUUCUGUGUUAGUGUGUGUGUCUGUAUGAAUGUGAGUGUACGAAUCAUACUCCCUAUGCAUCUUUGGGUCAAAGGUCAGGGGCCCAGUCUGGAACCAGGUGUAGAGCACCUGAGCAACUACAGUGUUGAGGAAAAUGUACCUUUUCUCUGGGGUCGAGGAGGCAGCAGCAGAAGUGAAGAGACUCCUCUAGCUGCUCAUGGAGGUGUUCAACUUAGGACAGUGUCUUCCCUGCAGGUCCUGAGGACUGGGCCUGAACAUUUCGGUAGCCAUCCUGUCUUCAGGUUCUACUGUCCUGGAUGACUAAGCUUCUCUCUUAAAGUGAGAGUCUCAACAGAGAACUCUGCUUCUUAGGGUCACUACAAAGCUGGUGACCACAGGUGAGAAGAGUAAUCCACCGGUCAGAGGAGGGCUUUGUCUUCUGGCUCAGCUCUUUGUUCACCAAAAGGGACAGUAUGCGACAAAAAUAAAAAAUAUAACUAAAUUAUUUCUUUCAAAAUAAAAGCCAUGGCAGCAAGAAUGUGGAAGCCUUCCACACUCCACAGUGAUCUUCCAAUCUGUUUGUUCCAACAUUUUCCUCUCUCUUCAGUGAGUAGUUCUGACCUGUCCAGACUGGGCUUCAGCACCAACGUGUUGUGUCCAGACGGUGUAAAGUUCUAUUCUAUGUAAGACAGUAUUUUUCUAUGAAGACUCUUCCAACAGAACCUGGACGGACACGCCAGCUUGGAAACGGAAAGAUUUGUUGUUGUUUUCUAUGAGAAAAAGCUGAUCUUCUCUUUUGGAGGAGAACUGUGAAGAGCUAUAAAAAAUAAAA